AUGACAAACAGAGGCAAACCCCGCGGUCUCAACGCGGCCCGCAAGCUCGUCGCCGCCCGCAAGGAAGGCCGCUGGGCCGACCUGCACUACAAGAAGCGCCUCCUCGGCACGGCCUACAAGUCCUCCCCCUUCGGCGGCUCCUCGCACGCCAAGGGCAUCGUGCUGGAAAAGGUCGGCGUCGAAGCAAAGCAGCCCAACUCGGCCAUCCGAAAGUGCGUGCGCGUGCAGUUGAUCAAGAAUGGAAAGAAGGUGACUGCGUUCGUGCCCAAUGACGGUUGUCUCAACUUUGUGGACGAGAACGACGAAGUCCUCCUUGCUGGGUUCGGUCGCAAGGGUAAAGCCAAGGGUGAUAUCCCCGGUGUGCGGUUCAAGGUGGUCAAGGUCUCGGGCGUGGGUCUGAGUGCGCUGUGGAAGGAAAAGAAGGAGAAGCCGCGGUCAUAG